GCACUGCCCGAGGGCCCGGGGUCAGUAGAGGGCCCCAUGAAAUGCCCCUGGUACCUUUUUCAUAGGCUUUUUUGAGUUUGGGCAAGGACACAGGGGCCCCAUGAUCCCCUAUUGCCCGGGGGCCCCAUGAGUUGUCAGUCCACCCCUGGUCAAUACCAUGCCCAUUUUACUAACUAGUAAUGCAAGGAUGCAGGUGACAGCUGCAGUGCAUGUAACUUUAAAAAAGUUGGUAAUGGCAGCUGCUAUAUUUCCUUCUGUACAGGUUCCCUUUAAGGUAAGCACC